UUUUAUAACUCUGACAGAGCAUUUCGUUCGAUGCCCCAGUCGGGUUUGCUGUUACCGCCAAAAGAAAGUGCAUACAACUAUACAAGUUGAACAAAAUUAUCAUAUCCUAACCCCACCAUUUGUUAAAAAACAACUCAACUGUAAGGUGUCAAAAUUCCUUUGACAAAAAUGCUCUAUUAUUGAAACUAUUUGUAAAGAUAAUUCGGUUUCAAUUUCAGCGUGAUGCAUGAAGCCUCCGGUUUCAAUUAGUGAACAAUACAAAGUGAACUAGAAUCAAUGGUCGAUCGUCAUCAUAAACUCAUAAUCAUAUUGAUAGGUGAUUUUCCUAAAAACUAGUUCCAGUUUUUCAGCCUGAUCGCUAGACGACCAAUCGAAAUACGUCAAAAUGACGUCAGAGAUCAAUUCAAUCGAUCAUUGGAAGAUAUAAAUUGCCACGCGCUAUGAAUAUUCAUGAGGCAUGCUAUCAGUUUUCUUUUUAUUUUGCUUACUUUGUGUAUCAUGAAUGCAUUUCUUUUACAGCCAAAACGAUGAAUUGGCCAUUGCCCUGAUUGGCAGGUAUCUUCGUGAAAAAGCACGCGACAUUUCAGAAGAAAUGAGCGAUUUAAAAAGAACUCAUGAAUAUUCAGUGCAGUGAUGCGGAUGGAUAAUGAAUGCAUGAAAAGGAUUGUGGACCGAUGAUGAUGAUGACGAAGUCAGAGUGGCGGCCAUAUGCUUUUGUUGUUUGCCCGCUGUGUGUCUGCUACUUUGGCUGUGUUGUGUGACGAUACAUCGCGUAUUUUGACGUGUGUCUACGUAGCAGUCGGGGCGUCCAUUCCGAUCGCGUCACCGGUGUGACGAGAAAUACGUAACCCGAAUAUAUUUCUAGUUUAAGAAGUGGAACUAAACAAUGGAGGACGACAGUCAGGAGAAUACGGGGCUGUCAGCCGAGGACAAAGUGCAGAUUGUUACCAGUCAGGCGGUUCCAUCCUCGGUCGUCAUGUCCGGGAUGCCCAACCAAUCUGUCCAGGUCUCUUCUGUCAUACAGACUAACAGCACACAGCCAUCGGUUAUCCAAUCCACACCCAUCCACACUGUCCAAGUUCAGGUGACCCCAGUGCAGGACGGUGAGGAACAACAGCAGACAGUAGUUAUCGACACAGAGGUUGACCGCAAAAGACGUCAGGAUAUUCUCUCUCGUAGACCCUCCUACAGAAAGAUCCUAAAUGACUUAUCAUCCACUGACGGACCAGCCGUGGCGAGAAUCGAGGAGGAGCCAUCAGAGGAUGAGGGCCAGAACACCAUCACCCUAGCUGGGACAGCUGGACUACAUGGAUUCCCAACAGUAAUGACCACUGGGGGUGCCACCAUACAGAUUGCCAACCCUGUUGACAUGCCCGGUCUACAGACGCUGACCAUGACCAACGCAGGGACUCCGGCCGGUACCAUCGUCCAGUCCAUACAGGCUCAGGAUGGGACGCAGCAGUUCUUUGUCCCGACAGCGUCAGGUGAUAUCCAGGCGUAUCAGAUCCGACCAGCCACGAGUCUGCCCCAGGGUGUAGUGAUGGCCAGUGCCAACCUCCAGUCAUCAGGACAUUUACACGUCCACGAGGAGGCUGGUAGGAAGAGGGAACUUAGGCUAAUGAAAAACAGGGAGGCGGCGAAGGAAUGUCGACGGAAGAAGAAGGAGUACAUCAAGUGUCUUGAGAACCGAGUGGCCGUCUUAGAGAACCAAAAUAAGACUCUUAUUGAGGAGUUGAAAUCCCUCAAGGAACUCUACUGCCACAAAUCGGAUUAAAAUCCCUAGCGCCGGUUCUUCAAUUUUUACUUUGAUUUUAAGAGAUUUUAUUUUUUUCACGGAUAGGGUGUCCACCCAUUGGUUGGUCCCCCCUAGUCCUACCUUCGGUCGGUCCCUCCUACCGUCUGAAGGUUCAAAACCGUUCUGUGUGGUUUUGACUGAUAGAUUAACUACGCAGGCCUGUAGUUUUUGGUCUUGCGGGGAGUUUCAUCUACUCGGUACACAACACACAUACAGUUCUGUGCACAGCUGUGCUUUCAUACACAACUCGUACAGUCAACUGGUUUUACAUGGUUAGUCAACUUGCUAGAUAAUGAGGGGGACAAUAGUAGGAUGGCUUGAGACGUCGCCGGCUAGCAGGAUGCAAAAAAAAUUUCAGGAUGCCAUUUGGGAAAAUUUAAAUGCAUUGGACUUGAUGUACAUGGAGACUGGUUUUUUAGAGAUUUAAUUUUAUUGUGAGAUAAAGUGACCACUCAUCGGUCGGUCCCUCCUACUGUCUGAACGUUCAAAACCGUUCUUUGUGGUUUUGACUGAUAGAUUAACUACGCUGGCCUGUAGUUUGUGGUCUUUUGGGGAGUUUCAUCUACUCGGUAAACAAUACACACGUAUACAGUUCUGUGCACAGCUGUGCUUUCAUACACAACUCGUACAGUCAACUGGUUUCAAAUGGUUGGUCAACUUGCUAGAUAUUGAGGACAGGAUGGUUAGAUGAGGCGUUUCCGGCCUGCAGGACGUGAUAGUUUCUUGGGGAUCCUAUUUGGAAAAUUUAAAUGCAUUGGACUUGAUGUGCAUGGAGCCAAUGCGUCUUUGCUACAGUUCUUUGCCUUGGUGCACUUUAAAAUCUUCCUGGCUUUGAAAAUAAAUAAAGAAAAAAGUUUUACAAGAUGAAUUUAUAGAUUUUUAUCAAGAUAUUGGUGUUUUGAUGGGUGCUGUUGCCGUCUUGAUUUAUUUAUGUACAGUGGCUACACUCCCGUCGCACCAGCACUCAUACCCAGUCAAAUAUUGCUUAACCAUUUUCUGCUAAGCAGAAUUUGGCAGGAUACCAGUCACAAAUUGUACAGGUGGCAUGGUAGUCUGGCUUAUAACCUUAUUCUGGUAAGCAAGUUGGCGGUUAGCUACUUUUUUUUUGCUUACGUACAUGUAGGUCUAUGAAAAUGGGCUCAGGAAAUGUCUGAGACGGUUUGUGUCGAGUUGCAUGUGGCUGCUGCUCGAUCAUGGCUUAUGGGACUUGAUUGUGAAAGCUUGUAUCAGGGAUUUGAUUCUUCAGAGUUCUAUCUGAAUUCAGAUUUUGUGUGUGUCUGCCUGGUGAAAAACAGGCGGUUAUUUUCUUUGGAUGUGGAGAAGUUAUGCUCUUUAAACAACCCUCUAGCCCAACGGGCGGUGCCGGGCGGGGCCCCGCUCGGCACUCUGAGCAAAUAAACAUGUGCUGUCCAGCACAGAAUUCCCCCAGAUUGCACUUAAGCAAUGGUGUCUCAUAUUUAAACAUUAAUAGAUUUGUUGAACCACUAGCCCUUGGUGGACUGAAUUUGAUUUAGAGCACACCACUAAAAUUGGUCAAGCCACAACACUGCCUCUAGCUCGGAUGAUACUGUUCCCAGAAGCUCAUAGAAAUCGAUAACUUUAAACUGACGCUGAUUUUCGCUCUUAAACUUUGUGCACAGAAGACAUACAGAGGUACCCAGAUUAUAAAGCGGAACCUAUUGUGCUCUUUGCAGCGGGCUUCCAGAUUUCAAAUUGCUGACAGCCUGUGCUAGGUUCUGAGGUUUCCAACACCCCUCGGCCAUCAAUAAAACCUUUUUGCUUUACUGGAGAGCCAGUAACUAAGGGAAUUUGUGUAGUUCCUGGGGUUACUCCGGCUCUUUAGGAUUUUAAAUUGAUUGAAGUUUGGGUGGCCGCCCUGGAAGUGGGUUGUGCGACAAGCGACUCAUUUUUGUAGAGCCCAUCACAUUUAUCCAUUCCCCUUCAUGCAGGGCUGGAGUUUUACUCUGGAGCACAGGCCCAAAACCAGUGAUUCCAGCAUUGGACCAGGGGGCCGAUUUCAAAAAGAGGUGAGAUUUGAUCGAAAUGGUGGCAUAGUUGGCUUGUGCGUAAAGCGCUCGCCUCUAACCAAGGUGACCCUGGUUCGAUACCCAGCCAGGGCCAUAUGUGAGUUGAGUUGUGCGAUGGUUCUCUGCUGUGAGGGUUUUCCAGAUGAUCCGGUUUUCCUCCCUCGGGGGAAAAAUCAAACACUUUCGAUCUUUGGCUGUGCUCCAUGGUAAUGGGUUG